AUGAGAUUCACAAAACUUUUGAGUAUUCAAAUUCCACCCGCCACUGCGCAAACCAUACACCACCACCACCACCAUAUCCCCAAUGGGCUCAGCCUCAUUCAACGCCACACCAACCACCGUCUCAUCCGCCAAUCCAAGCUCCUCCAUGCCAAAUUCAUCCUCUCCACCGUCACUCUCGACAACUUCUUGGCUUCAAAACUCAGCACUUGUUACUCUAAAACCUACAACCAUUUCGAAGCCCACAACGUGUUCGCCGAAAUUCCCAACAAGAACACUGAUCAUACACCGAAGCUUUUACGGAGUUUCUUAUCUGCCUCCUCGAUGUCUGUAAAACCAGAUUAUUACACCGUUACAUGUUUGUUAAAAGCUUUACCCUCGUUGGGUUAUUACAAAUCGAACUUCACUAAAACAGUCCAUUGUUUUAUCAUCCGAAACAGGCUGGACUCCAAUAUCUUCUUUGUAAACGCUUUGAUAAUAUUCUAUUGUAGGUGUAAAGAUAUGGUUACAGCAAGAAGCUUGUUUGAUCAUGCACCUGAGAAAGAUCUCGUGUCCUGGAAUUUCAUGAUGGCAGGGUAUUCACAAGGAGGGUUCUAUGAUGAAUGCAAGGAAAUAUAUUUUCAGAUGUUGGGCUUACAAGACAUAACACCGAAUGAAUUCACAGUAAUCAGCAUCCUGCAAGCAUGCGAACAGUCAAAAGAUCUUGAUUUAGGAAUGAAAGUUCAUAGAUUUGUUAUAGAUUACGAAAUCAAAAAAGAUCUCCCAGUUUGCAAUGCGUUUAUCAGGAUGUAUGUGAACUGUGGAGGCAUCGCCAUGUACUAUGCACAACAACUGUUCGAAGAAAUGUCUGAGAAAGAUGAGAGUAGCUAUGGCUUUAUGAUAUCAGGAUACAUGCUACAUGGUUUUGUAGAAAAAGCCAUGGAUCUUUUCAGGGAAAUGAAAAAACCAGGGUUUAUUACAUGGAAUGCUAUGAUCUCAGGUCAUUUUCAGAACAAUCAGUAUGAAAAGCCUUCAAUGGAGCAUUAUGAAUGUAUGAUAGGUGAAUUAUGUCGAGCAUUGAAGCUAUAUGAAGCUGUGGAGUUGAUAAAGAGAAUGCCUUUUGAGCCUAGUGAAAAAGUUUGGGAUGCAUUGUUUAAUGGGGCUUCGGUUUGUGGUGAUGUUGAAAUUGGGAGACUUGCUUUUGAUCAUUUGAUUGAAAUUGAUCCGAUAAAUAAGGAAAGAUAUGGAAGAUGGGAUGAGACUAAUGAUCUUAGGGAGGAAAUGGCUGGAUUUGGGAUGGGGGUUUGUAGAAACGCAAACUUGCCCAUUUUUUCUUUUUGA